AUGUCCUGGAAAGCUAUUGUUUCACGCAAGCGACAUGAGAGAGAUCAGCUCAUUGCUCCGUACGUAGUAGAGCACAUGAAUCGUCCUCCCCAAGUCCACAAUGUCCAAGAACGCAGUCAAAUCGAAGCAGAGCCUCGGAUCCAGAAGAUCACCGACAUCGACAACAUUAUGGUCCUGCUAAAGCAGAUCGAGAAAGGCGAAACCGGGGCGGAGGAAGUGACUCGGGCGUAUAUCAAAAGAUCGGUGGUGGCACAACAGCUGACCAAUUGUCUCACCGAGAUUCUAUUCGAAGACGCUCUAGAGCAAGCGCGGCAAUUGGAUCUCGAAUGGAAAGAGACCGGCAGGCUGAAAGGCCCUCUGCAUGGUAUUCCCAUAACACUGAAAGAUCAAUUCAACGUGAAGGGCGUCGACACCACCAUCGGCUAUGUGGGUAGAUCCUUUGCACCGGCCACGGAAGAUGCGGCCCUCGUCCAGAUGUUGAAGAGUAUGGGCGCCAUUAUCAUUGCCAAGACCAACCUCCCGCAGAGUAUCAUGUGGGCUGAAACGGAGAAUCCUCUCUGGGGACUCACCACGAACCCCUGCAAUCCAGAGUUCUCGCCGGGAGGGUCGACCGGCGGCGAAGGUACGCUGCUAGCCUUGCAUGGAUCCUUGGUGGGCUUUGGAACCGACAUCGGAGGAAGUAUCAGGAUCCCAUCGGCUACUCUGGGACUGUAUGGGUUUAAGCCGAGUAGCGCUCGACUCCCCUAUCAGGGGGUGCCCGUCUCGACAGAGGGCCAGGAACAUGUCCCUUCCUCCAUUGGUCCCCUGGCCAGAGAUCUCUCUUCGAUCUGCUACAUCAGUCGGCUCAUAGCGAGCAACCAGCCGUGGAACCUUGACCCGAAAUGUGUUCCUCUGCCCUGGAAUGAGGAGGCGUUCCAAGAGAUCCAAGAUAGGAAGAUGAUCAUUGGUCUGAUCCUGGAUGAUGGUGUAGUUAGAGUCCACCCGCCCAUCACACGCGCGCUGCAGGAGCUUUCAGCUCUGUUGGAGGCCAAUGGCCAUGAAGUAAUGAUUUGGGACACCUCGUUGCAUGCAUCGUGUAUUGAGAUCAUGAAUCUGUUCUACUCGGCCGACGGAUGUGAAGAUAUCAGACGAGACAUCGAUGCCGGCGGGGAGCCGAUGAUUCCCCAUGUCGAGGCGCUGGUCAAUCGCAGCAAGGCGAUUUCGGUGUACGAGUAUUGGCAGUUGAACAAGCGGAAAAUUGCAGCGCAAAAGAUGUACCUGGAUCAGUGGAAUGCGAUACGCUCGCACUCUGGUAGGCCUGUCGAUGUGUUGCUGAGUCCGACUUUGCCGCACACCACGGUGCCUCAUCGGAUGAUGAGAUGGGUGGGAUACACCAAAAUUUGGAACCUGCUGGACUACCCUGCUGUGACCUUACCAGUAAACCGAGUCCAAGCUGGCGAUAUUGCGCCGGAGUAUGUUCCUCGAAAUGCUCUCGAUGAGUGGAACUGGAACUUGUACAAUCCGGAGCAAGUGGAGGGCUAUCCGGUAAACUUGCAAGUGAUUGGUAAGAAACUACACGAAGAGAAGGCUCUUGGGGCUGCUACAGUGAUCGAGAACCUUUGGAAAGGACGGACAGGUUCCAUUUGCGAUUAG